AUGGUGUCUUACUUUCCGGUAGCGAUCCUGGUUGUCGCAGGCAUCGCCAAUAUCCAAUGCGGCCGCAUUGUUGGUGGCGAUGAGACUACUAUUGAAAAAUACCCAAACUUAGUGCAAGUGGAGUUUCAACUCGGAUGGGGAAAUUGGGAGCAAAACAGUGGGGCGAACAUCCUCAAAAGAAUGUGGCUUCUGUCAGCUGCGCAUUGCUUCAGUGGAGGAGGCUACACACCUUCUGACAGACGUGUAAGGGCAGGCGCCACCCACAGGCAUACUGGUGGCUCCGUCCAUUAUGUAGAGUUCGAACGGAACCACCCGGGAUACCAUGUUGCUGCUGUUUGGGACGCUGAUAUCACCGUGGUUAAACUGACUACUCCUCUCAUCUACUCCCCGUCAGUUCAAAGAGGCACCAUUGUCACCCAAGGUUUCCAGCUACCGGACAAUACACCAGUGAUGCAUGCUGGCUGGGGUCACACAUCUUGGGGCGGUGUAUUUUCCCCUGUCCUGCGACACGUUGAAAUGUUCACAAUUAACCACGACCUCUGUCGGAAGCGCUAUGCCUUGCUUCGAAGCACGAUAACUCGUAAUAUGAUCUGCGCCGGCCUCUUGGACGUCGGCGGUCGGGACGCGUGCCAAGGAGACUCUGGAGGACCGCUGUAUGCUGGAAACAUCAUCGUCGGUGUGGUCUCCUGGGGGCAUAGAUGUGCGAACGAAACGUUCCCCGGAAUCAGUACAUCUGUCGCCUCCUACACUGACUGGGUUGUUGCUAAUGCGCGUUAA